AUGAUGUUGAUGUGCAAAGGGGUAUGGCCAAGCAGCUCAUCCAUUGUUCUGUUGCAGCCACCAAAUGGACACAAAUCCUUCAAAACCCAAGCUAGCUUUUCUAGCUACCCUCUCGCCAGCAAAGUUAUGGUUAGAAAUCUAUCAUACUCCACUGAUGAAAGUUGUCUGGAGAAAAUAUUUUCAAAUUUUGGUCAUGUUGCUGAAGUUAAGAUUGUCAAGGAUGAAAUGACCAAGAGAUCAAAGGGAUAUGCUUUUAUUCAGUACACUUCUCAAGAAAAUGCCAUGCUUGCUCUUGAUAGCAUGGAUCACAAGUACCUCGAUGGCAGGGUUAUUUCUGUGGAACUUGCAAAGCCUACAAAGAAAGACUUUGGCAGAUACCCGAAAAGUUGUGGACCACCUGUGGAAAGAUUACCAUCUGAAAAUGAAGUUCCAGACCUAAAAGAAAACUGCUAAGGUUCUGCUGGUAUAUAUGUAUUAAGAGUUUUUACGCGGUGAAAAUGGACUAUCAUGAUGUACUUUAGGCUGCUGCCAAGGGUCUGGAAGUUGCCCUGGAAAUAAAGGAUUCAAAAAUUAGUAUUCGUCGAAAUGUACCUUACAUGCAUGUCUUAACACUCCAUUAAUUGUAACAGUAAAGGGUAGAUAUUGAAAAAACUAUUUAAGUGACUUCUCGGUUCUCUCAACCGUCAAAUAUUUUGAAAUAAAUUCAGUUUUGCCAAAACGACUAAUAUUUGGGAUCGAAUGUAUUAAAGUGAGUUAUUUUUCUAUGAUGGAUGAUGGAACAGUUGAGUGGGGCUAGAAAGGUUAGUAUCAAUAACUUGUGAGUCACAAGUUUGUGACAAGGACUUGCUUGUUGCAUUAUAAUCUGCUUUUAUGUUUAGUUUAAUUGUAAUUGAUUGGAUUGUCGAAAGGAUAUUGUUGACAGUAAUAAUAUACCCAAUAUAAUCUUAUAUAAGUGAGGCUUU